AUGGAUGCAGGCAUGGUGAAGAGAAUUGUAUUCCAGCUGGUGCCUGCACAGCAGAGGGGGGACCCCUUCUUUGUGCCGGCAUUCCUCCAGACCUAUCACAGAUUCGCCACCACCCACCAGGUCCUCGACCUGCUCUUCCAAAGGGCCCUCUGCUCGCUCCUGGAAACCUGGCUGCAGCGUUAUCCUGGGCAUUUCUAUGAGGCCAAUGACCUGAGCUGCCUGAAAAAACUGGCUAGUUACGCUUGGACCCAGAUGCCAUAUAGUGACCUGGAGUUCCAAACCCUAGAGCUGCUCACGCAGCUCAUCAACGAAGAAGAAUACAAGGAGCUGGCGGCUGAGCUGGAGUCCAAGGCUGAGCCUGAGGCAGCUGCUCGUCAGCCAGAGCUGCAGGAACCAUCUCUGCCCCAGGCAGUCCAUCCUCCUGCCAUCGAAGUGCUGCAGCCCCCCAAGGGUCCUACCACAGACCCAGACUGUGAACCCAACAAGGCACAGGAACAUCCAGCACACGUCCUUUGUGUACCCAACUGGUCGACGGCCAGCCACCUGGGGAUCCUGGAGGCAGGCACGGUGCAGAAGCACAUGAACCUCCUGCUACCUGCACAGCAGGCAGGCACACAUCACAUACUUUGCCUGCUGUUCCCCAGGUGA